AUUGUAAAUCGUUUAAUAUAAAUAUUAGUAGUAUGUAGCAGGCUCCCCAUGUAUCCAUAAGACCAUUACUAGGUAAAACCAAUCUUAGAAGAAGUUGGAGCAAAAGAAACUAAAACGUCAGAAUGGUUCAAGAAGAAAUCCGGAAAGGUCCAUGGACAGAACAAGAAGACCUUCAACUGGUCUGCUUUGUGGGAUUAUUUGGGGACCGGCGAUGGGAUUUCAUAGCUAAAGUUUCAGGUUUGAAGGUGGCGGGAGAAAAAUGAUAGGUUUGAAAAGAACAGGUAAGAGCUGCCGCUUACGAUGGGUAAAUUACCUGCAUCCAGGGCUCAAAAGAGGAAAGAUGACUCCUCAUGAAGAAAAACUUGUCCUUGAACUUCAUUCUCAGUGGGGAAAUAGAUGGUCACGGAUUGCCCGGAGAUUACCGGGGAGAACUGAUAAUGAGAUAAAGAACUAUUGGAGGACACAUAUGAGGAAGAAAGCACAAGAGAAGAAGCGAGAAACAUCUCCAUCAACAUCAUCAUCAACAACUACAACUACAACUACAUCAAAUUUCUCCACUUCAUCAAACAAUCAAGCAGUGAAUUCAAAAACUGCUACUGAGACAACAGAAAGCUUUGACAGCACAGUAGUUCCUGAUACAUCAGCUCUGCAAGGAAAGAAAUAUCAGAAAGAUGAGAGCGGGGAGGAAGAAAUUUAUUCCAUGGAUGAUAUAUGGAAAGACAUCACUUCAGAAGAACCAAUAAAACCAGUUCUUGAUGGCUACCGUGAAGGAAGCAAUUUUUCUUGCUCACCAAUGGUUUCUCCUUUAUGGGAAUAUUGUCCAGACACACUAUGGAGAAUGGAUGUAGAUGAAUGUAAGAUGUUUUCCCCCCCUGAUCAGUUUGUUCCCAGUUGCCAACAAAAGAACAUGUCAUUAACUGGUUAAUUUAGCGUAAUUAUAUUAUCUAUGUCAAAAUAGGUAAUAUCAUGUCAAUGAAACUUUGACCUGUAUAGUAAGGGCCCAUAAUAGAAAACUUAGCUCUCUUUCACCACCCAUAGUCCAAUGAGCAUUGUAACAAUAUACAUCUAGCCCUUAGGUAGUGCCUAUUUUCACUUUCUAGUUCCUGGUUUUUGUAUGAGUUCCAAUAAGUUGUAUGUGCCUUGAAAACAAUGUAUCAUAAGCAUAUCACUUAUGUUGAAGUUGAAAGAGAAAGUAUAUUCAUGUAUUCCACUAUCA